CAUAAAAAGAAAAAAUAACGAUAUGCAUUGAGUCGAAUAAGAAACGAAUUCCAGACAAAUCUCAUUUAGUGAUACGUCCGAUAACCGUUCAGAUAUUCAUUCGCGUGACCGAUUAUGGAUUUCGAUAUCUUAUCCAUCUUAAUCACGGGUAAAUACAUGUGUGUUCUACGCAGCUUUGUGAAAAUUUCAAGGUGCGACUACGAAAAUGUCUGUACAGGGUGAGUCGUUAGAAACAGGAAGGAAAAGAAGCACAAUUUAUAAUUAUAUUUUAUUAAUAUUUGUGUGACGAAAAUGCAAAUAUUAUUAUUAUCCACGUAAAAUCCAAGUGGACAGGUCGGUAGUAUCGAUAUAGAGUUACGAAAGUUUACAACUUUGUGACACACAUCUAUGUGUAAAUCACACACCAAAAUUAAAAUAUCGAAAUUCUUGUCGACUUAUAUCAAUGAUAUGUCAACAAUUUUUGAAAAUCCAUGAUCACAACGUGGUCGAGGUUUUUACGCAUACCGAUACUGUUUCACCGAUGAAAAUAAAUAAUGGCCUUGUUUAAUCCGACGUUUUAGACGAUAUUUAAAUCCGGAAAUACAUUACAUGUACGAUUCAAUUGAUAUUGUUAAAAAUGCAUUGUACAGUAAGAGAAAUGAGACGACAAAAGAAUUUAAUCGCUUCUCCUGAAACCGUCGUCUGUGCUACAUGUAAUCGCAUAGAUUUUUUGAGUAUAGAGGUCGUCCGUGACCUUUAAAGAGGCAAAAUCAGCCGUAGAAAAUUAAGGUAUAUAAAAAAGUCCCGUCCGAUAUAGCCGAUGCAAACCUGUCGAGCUUGAUGUGCUAGCCAAUAUCGUAAUAGCAGCUUCCAAGAAAUAUAAUUUACCACUAAAGAUACAGUUGUUUUGCGGCACGUAGGAAUAUUUAUGCGGUUUAUGAAGCGAUUAUAAAUCUUGCGUGUAAUAUUACUCCGAAUCUAGCUGCUAGAUACGGGUCAACGGUUUGAAUCGUCAGCCUCCGGCGGAAAUUCCAAUAUGACGGAAAAACCCAAACCCACAGACGCCGUUGAGGAGAAACCAGAAUGGAACCAGUUGUAUUUAGCCGAAGGUAUUCGAUUGUUUAACCUACACAUGCCAUAUUUCUUUUUUUUUAUUUUGAUUGAUCUAACAUUUAAACGUUAAAUCAACUCUUUUUAAAUGUUAAAUUAUGUCGUUUUAUUCUUUCCUAUGACAUAUAAUAACCAUAUCAUGUAUGCACAUAGGUCAACCAUUUCGUUCGUGAGAUAAAGCCGGACAUUGAAUUCGAACUUUGCAUUGAGGCUGAAUCUUGAAAUAUUGGAGGAAACAAAUGAGAAAAGAGAAUUCACAAGAGAAGCUAAAACGAUGAACGAUCAGAUAUAAGCAUUGCAAAGAUUUAUGUUCAGCAGCGACUGUGACAUUCCACUCUCCGUUAAUUACACUGGUCAACAAGAUUUCGUAACAUUGAUAAAACCAACAAUUGCCUUCUUGUUGACACUGUUUUUCACGUCUGAUACUCAAUAGGCACAUCAUUUUUGUGUAGUAUGUUGCGACAGAUCCCGGUCUAAGUUCAUCUCGAGGUGCAAAAGUGAUAUGAGAAGAAAAACUCGAAACCCAUCUCGCGAUGUACAAGUGAUCGGAGAAAAAUAGAGCAGAUAUUUCUAUUAAAACUAACAUCUCCUGAUAAAUAUUUCAAUGUGACAAAAAAGUUACACACGCUACAGAGUUUUUAUUGGAGUUUUCAUUGGAUUUUUGUAUUCAGUGACAAAAACGAUCAGGAUUAUGUAAGAUUAGGAUGUGUCGCCGUUAAAAUAUGAAUCGCGUUUCUUUACGUAGUGCACCGUUUCUGCUCUUAUCACAGAGAUGACGUUCGGGUGACGUAUAGGUCUCUUUUAGUCUUAUCAUUUGGUACAGAGCGCGAAGAUACGUAUGCACACACGCAUCGCACUAUCUCACAGAGAUUUACGUGAGGUUUGAAGUUACAACGGAGCGAAUCUUGUUACAUUGUUCCGCUCGGGUGCGGAGUUUACAGUUUCAAUGUACAACGAGCGAGUUACUUUAUACAUCAGUCAUCAUUAGAUGCUCUCGAUUAGGACUAUUCGUUCAGUCGCAAAUAGGACUGAGGAGCGAUCCGUGAUCGGCUAGUGUGGAAUAAUAAUAAUAAGAAUAGUAAUAACUGUUUAACUUUUUGAUGUUAACUUUGAACUGUUAACUUUUUGACCAGUGACCUCAACAUAUACAUGUAAGUAGAGAAAGUAAGAAAAAAAAUACUACUAUCAUUAUAAGCUCGAUGCUCGAGCAUCCACUUUUGUUAUUGCCACUACACACAAGAUAACGGUAUAACCGUGUUGCCGCGAAGUUCGUCAUCGUGUACAUGCAUUUGCGCACACAGACGACAUUGCCAUCUUUUCUCCGUUCUGAACGGAGGCUGAUAGCGCACAAAAAAAGGUAGGGGACAGCGCGGAAAGGAGGGAGGAGGGGAAGAGAGAGACAUUCAGUUAGCGUUAUUCGCGGCAGUUGAUGUCAGUCCGCGUCGGAUAGCUCGGUCGCGCGAGUGUCAGUUGACAGCCCCCCGAUCGACGGACCGACCGUCAGUCUUAGCGAACGUUUUCCCGCGAAGUUGCUGUUGCUCAAGGUUAGACGAAUGCACGCACUUCGAGCAGUGAGAACGACCAGGUUCGGAGAGUGCGAAGAUCGAAGGACGCGAGAAGGUCUCCUCUGCUGGAUGUGUUGGAGUGCUUAGAGGAUCAACACACCAGUGUGUGCGUGUACCAUUCGGAGUGGUACCACCAUCGGUGCUCCUUCCAAACGAAAAAAAGAGGAGGAUAACGCGACAGAUUAAAUACCAAUGGUGGCGCUACGUAGCGUUCCGCUGAGUUCGUGACUGGUACUUCGCACGGACUAUGGAAGUCGUGGCAUCUCGGAAAAUGAUCGACCAUGGUCUGAUCCGGUGCAUCGUAAUCCUGAUCGUCGCCAGGGCUAGCGUGCUCGCCUUCGAUUGCAGCGAGGUUCACGAAUGCUUCUGUCACCCGGACAUCGGCGACAGUUACAGGAUAUCCUGCAGAUUGCAGAAUAACUCUGCCUUCGGCGUACAAAUUUAUCCGGGUCGUUCUGUACGGGUAGAAUGCACCAAUUCGCCGAAGUGGUCGGAUUUUCACGUGAACAUGGCAUCUUUAGAGAGGACCCAAGUGGAGACGAUGUGGUUUCACACGUGCGACUUACCACCUAACACCACCAGUCUGGGCGAUAUCACGCACAUGUUGGGGGUUAUUGACGUGAACAAGCUGGUUUUUCGAUCGUUCAAGAAUUUGAGCUCCGAGCUAACGAAACAUCAUCUGGAUGGCUUCAACAACUUAAAACAGCUGGUUUUGUCGAACAAUAUGAUAUCCGACUUGGACAGGGAACUAUUGAUCGAUCUACCUAAUCUGAUUGCGCUCAACCUGAUGGAGAACGAUAUAAAUCUACCGUGCGGAUUCUUCAAUUACACUCCCAACCUAGAACGACUCGAAUUGAGCAGCAACAACUUGCAAUCGAUAGAACUGGGCAUAUUUGAUAAUCUCAGGAAACUGAGACUGCUCAAUCUGUGGAAAAACAAUUUAACCGACUUUCCAUCGGGGAUUUUCGACCAGCUCGUAGCUCUCCAGAGCCUCGACAUCAACACGAACAACAUAGUCACCUUACCGGAGGAUAUUUUCGCAAAACUGGAGAACCUGGAAGUUAUUAACUUAUCUCGCAACUAUUUCGAGAAGCUGCCGAAAGAUCUGCUGCGAAAUAACACGAAACUGGACAAUGUCACUCUUAACAACAACAGGGUUGAUAUGCCGACUUUACCGAGAGAAUUUUUCAGUAAUCUGACAGAACUGAAAGUGUUGAGGCUAAACUGGAAUGGAUUCGUAACGUUACCGGAAGAUCUGUUCCUGGGCUCGUUUUCGCUGACUAAUAUCAGUUUGACGCGAAACCGCCUGAAAACUUUACCCCAAUCCAUAUUCCGGGACGCGAAACUGUUGUUGUCAUUGGAACUGGAUAUGAAUGAACUCGAAGGAUUACCUGACAACAUUUUCGUCAACACCAAUCAACUGGUGAAAUUGGACCUGUCGAAAAACCUAUUAACCUCCAUCUCGAAGAACAUGUUCAGCGGACUGCACAAAUUGAGAGAGUUGAACAUGGAAAAUAAUCACCUAACAACUAUUGAACAUAGAAGUUUAAAUCCAAUGUCGAGCUUAAGAAUCGCCAGAUUCUCUAACAAUCGUCUAACGUUACGAUCUCCUCUGUCUAACUAUUCAGAUAUCUACGCACUGUAUUCGCCUUUUCAGAAUUGCCUACAAUUGGAAGAAUUGCAUGUAGCUAAUAAUAGCAUCUCGAUGAUAUUCAACGACUGGAUAUUCGUCAUGAUGAAACUUCGAAUAUUGGACCUCAAAUAUAACAAUAUAUCUAUUUUAAGCAAUAACGACUUACAGUUUCUGUCGAGAAAGCUUAAAGUCGAUUUGACCUAUAAUAAGAUAGAGCGUAUCUUCAUAAACGAAAAUGAAGUCAUGUCGAUCGCGAGCUCUCAAACAUGGCCUCGUGACGUGAUAAUAUCGGUGCAAAACAAUCCAGUGAUAUGCGACUGCCUCAUGUAUAGUUUUCUACGUUACAACGAGGGCAGGAUGCACCCAUACGUGCAAAAUUAUUUCCACAUAUUCCCGGGAGACUUGAGCUGUCGCAGCCCAAAAUGGGUAGAGAACAUGAAGGUUAUGGAUUUGCGUUCGAAGACACUCCAAUGCAUUAUAAAUGACGCGAAUCAUUUCAACAUCUCGUGUCCCGAAGAGUGCAUCUGUAUCUUAAGGCCUGAGGACAAAGCGCUCAGGAUCGAUUGUUCCAGCAAGAACUUGACUGAUGUGCCGAGCGACGUGAAGGAUCCCGGUGACAAGUACAAGCUCGGCUUGGAUUUCUCCGGCAACAUGAUCAAGAAAAUGCCAAAUUUGGCGGAGUUGAAUCUUCAGUCGGCGAGAUUACUCGAUUUAUCUCACAACAAUAUCUCCGAGAUCUUCCGAGACGGAUUGCCCAAUGUAGUACAGGUCUUGGAACUGCACAACAACAACAUAUCGAGAAUAUCUCGAGACGUGUUGGACUUUCUGAGGAACUCCACGAAUCUGACCAGGUUGACGUUACACGGGAACCCGUGGGAAUGCGACUGCGAGGCUACAGACUUCCUGGAUUUCGUGCAGACCGAAUAUGUGAAGAUUCUCAAUUUGCCAGGGGUGAUAUGUCGCGGCAAGAACUACUCGAUAUCGCGGAUGACGAUGAACGACCUCUGCCCCAGCGAGACAGAGCUAUUCAUCGGGAUCAGUGUCGUGAUCGCGUUUAUAGGGAUACUCGUCGGUGUUUUCGGAUUCUAUUACAGGUACCAGAGGAACAUCAAGGUGUGGCUGUUCGCGCGACAAUGGUGCUUGUGGUUCGUGACGGAGGAGGAGCUGGACAAGGAGAAGUUGUACGACGCGUUCAUCAGCUAUUCGCACAAAGACCAUCAAUUCGUGGAGGAGGAGCUGGUGACCAAGCUGGAGAGCGGCCCGAAGCCGUUCAAACUGUGCUUGCAUUAUCGAGACUGGUUAGCGGGUGAGUGGAUACCGGCGCAAAUCGCCAAGUCCGUCGAGGACUCGAGACGGACGAUAGUGGUGUUGUCGCCCAACUUCUUGGAGAGCGUUUGGGGAAGAAUGGAGUUCCGUGCCGCCCACAGCCAGGCGCUGAGCGAGGGUCGAGCGAGAGUGAUACUGAUCCUAUACGGCGACAUCGGCCCCACCGACGACAUGGAUCCAGAAUUGAAGGCGUACAUUAGCAUGAACACCUACGUGAAGUGGGGCGACCCCUGGUUCUGGGACAAACUGAGAUACGCGCUCCCGCAUCCAUCCAAGUCCAUGAGCGCGGCCGGCCGGAAAAUCUUUGAGAAUCAUCAGCUGUGUAUCCAGGUGGUGGGAGACAAGAAGGAGUUGAUUUACCCGGUGGGACCGUUGGCGAACACGACGCCGCCGGCCGACACGCUUAAGACGUUCAUAUGCGACGAGAGGGAACUGCCGUCCACGGACCUCGGGUAUCCGCUCGAAUCGCCCAAAGCGAACGGUGAUAUCGCGGUCAUAUUUGAACCGAAACGAUUGCUCACGCGAGAGCUAAAAAUCGCCGCCCUCGAUAAUCCACAGUGUACUACUGUUUGUUAGCGCGAAGUGUCUGUGAUGUGUCCGUACGGAGAAUAGUGACCGAUGGUUGUCUGCAGAGGCAAUCUAACAUGAGGGUCUACCAUGUCUACCAUGUGGGUCACACCGAUGACGGAAACUACGGUCUCGUAUGUUUAUACAUGAAGCGCAUUUGAACUAACUAAUCGCAUCUAACGACUUGAUAGUGUGGCCAAUGAGGAGCUACUAAAUUAGUCGGCAGAUACCUAUCAAAAUUAUGAUGUGUACAGAGUGUCUGUCGCCAAGUGGGACAUACAAUUAAAAAAUUUGCGCGGUUACUUGCAAAAUGGUAGAUGACUUCUUUUGUUCACAUCGACCUAAACUAUAGGUAUAUGACGGAUGUCUCUUUUGGUGACAGACAUCUUGUAUAUAAUGAUUGUUCAAACUUUGGUGAAGUUUUAAAGUAACCCGUAAAAAACAGUGAGGCAAUGAGUAUGUUUACUAUGUGAACGCGCUACGACUGAGAAGCGUUUUGAUGCAUCUUCUCUUCUUUAUCAAAUUUGAUCUUAAUUUAGAAUCUUAAAGUUGCACAAAUAUUUAAGAAUACUAAUUCGAUACGAGAAAAAUGAGGAAAUAUGAAUGAGUACGUGGAAGUAAAGUACGAUUGACGGCUCAUAUUAAGAAGAGACGAACAUCUGUCUACCGAAUUAGUUAAGUAAUCGUUUUUUUUAUCAAUUUCUAGGAAGUUAAGCUAUCUUUAGGAGAGUAAGUUCGUUUCAAAUAUUAUAAUUCGUAACUUAAUGAUGCUGUUAUAAAUUGGUAUUUUUCAUCGCGCGUAUAAAACAUCACGUACUAUUACAUAAUUUUUAUUUUAUAAGCAUGUCAUUUAUUUUUAAUAUAUUAUUUUUUUUAUGUAAUAUUGCAAGAGAAUUUCAUAUAUAUUUUAAUAGUAUAAGCGGAAAAAAUACUCAGUGAGGUAUAUUUGAUCGUAUCGUCAUGCACCUUAUUCAGUCACAAUACUUGCUGAUGUACACAGCGUAAUAUUGUUAGUGAAGAAGUAAUAUCUAUACAGGUAGUCUUGUUUCUCGUCUCCAUCAACACUUAGGCGUUUAUCAUCUGUUUACUUAUGUGAAAUUCAGUUCACGAACUUCUUAUUUCAGUAUCGUCUAUCAUUUUGAAGCCACUAAAUAUUCUCAAGCAUCUCAACAUUUUUAUUCAAAGAACCUCGAUUUCAAACUAGCCAAAGAGAUGUAUCAUUAAAACGUUGACGUAAUGAAAGAGACAAAACCUGUACAAUUUAAAUUAAUAAGACCGAAGUACCUGACAAACUCAAUUAAUUUAUGUAUUUUACGUAAUUUUUUUUAUGUAAUUUACUUUUAAAAAGAUAAUUUCCCACGCUGCACAUUAACACAUACUAAUAGGAAGCACUUUGGGCUUCUUUACGUUUUCUGUUCUCACUUUCUGUUUUCUUUACGUACGAGUUUUUAGACCGGUUUAUAACUUUUUUUAUGGUUUUACAUUUACACGUGAGAAAGGCAUGAAGACUCGUGCAAUGCUCGGUAUUGCAAGCAUAUAUUACGUUAAUACCUUAGUGUGAACAUUCUAAAAUAAAAACAUAGAAAGAGACCUAUCGGGUCAAGUGCAGAUGGCAGAGCGAAACUAAUUAAGGCGUAUUAGCCACCAAGAAUUUAGUGAAAUAAAUGCGGACGCAUAUCACUGCGAUACUGUUAUCGCUUUCGCUUCUCUAUCUACAAGUGACUGGUCGAAUGGUCUCUUCAUUCCUUUAUGUUGUAAUUUUCGAUCGUCAAGCCUACUAAACGGUUCAGUUUUAAGACGAGAAUAUAGUUGUAUACUGUGUAUGCAGAUACAGAAAUAUAUGAUACAUCGUGCGCCCGCUCAUGCGUAUGCAUGCAGGCUUA